AUCUCUUCUUUCUCGCGAACCACAAUAAUCAUUUCCAUGCGAACCACAAUAAUCACUUCUCGCUCCUGCUUCACGCUCACGCUCACUCCUCAUCUGUUACUCUGUCCCUGUCUCUGCACAGGAUGCUUCUUCUCCUUCUUUAACAGUUUGUGUUUCUCUUUCUGACAAAGGAAUGGCUUCUCAGAUAUUGUCCCUCGUUGGUCUGGUUCUUACGUUCUUCUUGCUUGCGGCUUGUGUUUCGGUGGCGAGCUCAUCGAAAAGGGACGUCGCCGUUUUGCUCCGGGUUAAGAAUGAAGAUCUCGAGGACGAGGACGGUCUACUCGCCGACUGGGUCGAGACGAGUCAAUCUGCUCCUUGCGAUUGGACCGGCGUUACCUGCGAUCUGCAGAACGGCGUCGUCGUGUCGAUCGACCUCAGCAACUUGAACCUCGCCGGGAAGUUUCCGGCGGGUUUCUGCCGGAUUUCGACGCUCCGGAACCUCUCCCUCGGCAAUAACUAUUUCGGCGGUUCUCUGUCUUCGUCGUCCAUUUCUUUCUGCUCUCAUCUUCAAGUGCUGAAUAUCUCUUCCAACCUCUUCGUGGGCAACCUUCCGGAGUUUGUUCCAGAAUUCAUCAAUUUGGCCACGCUUGAUCUCUCUUCCAACAAUUUCACCGGCGGAAUCCCAGCGAGUUUCGGCCGGUUUCCGGCUCUCCAAGUUCUCACGCUGUCCCAGAACUUUCUCAAUGGCUCAAUCCCCGAGUAUCUGUCCAAUCUCACGGAGUUGACUCGGUUCGAACUCGGUUUCAAUCCUUACAAGCCAGGUCCACUGCCUCAGGAAAUCGGAAACCUGAGAAAGCUUGAAAAUCUAUGGGUUCCAAACGCGAAACUCAUCGGAAACAUUCCAGACUCGAUUGGAAAUCUCGUUGCUCUCAAAAAUCUCGAUCUCUCCACUAACAAUCUCUCCGGCAAAAUUCCAAAUACCAUUGGUGGAUUGAGAAGCGUAGAACAAAUCGAGCUCUACGGCAACCAAUUAUCAGGCGAAUUGCCUGAUAGUUUAUCAAACUUGACUUCUCUGCUCCGACUCGAUGUCUCGCUGAAUUAUCUGACCGGGAAUUUGCCUGAUACUGUCGCCGGUAUGCCUCUCUUUUCACUCAACCUCAACGACAACCGUUUCGAAGGCGAAAUUCCCAGGAGUCUGACGUCCAAUCCCAAUCUGUCACAACUGAAGUUGUUUAAUAACAAGUUUUCUGGUACAUUGCCGGCGGAUUUUGGUUGGAACUCCGGUGUAGUAGACUUUGAUGUCUCUGGCAACGAACUUGAAGGUCCAUUGCCCGCGAAUCUCUGUCACAGAAACAAACUUGAACGCCUAAUCAUCUUCAAGAACAGAUUCUCGGGUCCUAUUCCCAAGUCGUAUGGUGACUGCAAUUCUCUUAGUUACGUCCGUAUUGAAUAUAACGAAUUCUCUGGACCAUUACCUGUUCGUUUCUGGAGCUUAUCCGGAGUUAAAUUUCUUCGACUGGAUAAUAACAAAUUCGAAGGUUCGAUUUCUCCGACCAUUUCAACUGCUCGAGGUUUAACGGACUUAUUGAUUUCCGGUAACAACUUAUCUGGCGAACUUCCAUUGGAAAUUUGUCGAUUGAAAGAUCUUGUAGUUUUUGAUGCAAGUAGAAAUCAAUUUUCCGGAGAAUUGCCUGCUUGUAUAACUGAAUUGAGUAAGUUAGAGAUUCUGGAACUGCAAGAGAAUAAGUUCACAGGUGAAAUUCCAAAAACUGUUGUUUCCUGGAAAGAUCUUACUGAUCUGAACUUGUCCAGAAACAAUUUGAAUGGUGAAAUUCCUAGUGAACUGGGAAGUUUGCCAGCGUUAUUGUACUUGGAUCUCGAAGGAAAUUCACUUUCCGGUGAGAUUCCAGUAGAAUUGACAAAGCUGAAGCUCCACCUCUUCAAUGUCUCCAACAACAAACUCGAAGGUCAAGUGCCUCACGGUUUCAAUAAUGAGUUAUUUCUCCAGAGCCUAAUGGGAAACCCGGGUCUCUGUAGUCCAAAUCUCAAACCACUCCCUCCAUGCCGGAAGCUCAGACCCAUUAGCAUUUACUUGAUAGGAUUUCUCGUGGCCUUGGCCUUGGUAUUAAUUGUAUCACUUAUCUGGCUCCUCAAGUCCAAAACUUUCAGAAUAAUCUUCACCAGAAAACAGCCAACAUUAAAGAUUACCUCAUUCCAACGUGUUGGGUUUAGGGAGGAAGACUUAUUGGUUUCACUGACAGAGGAAAACCUAAUUGGAUCAGGUGGGUCAGGCCAGGUUUACAAGGUCAAGCUCAAGAGCGGACAGACGGUAGCAGUUAAGAGGUUGUGGGGAGGUAACCAGCAAGUAAACACUGAGGCUGUGUUCCAAUCAGAAGUGGAGACUUUGGGAAGAAUCCGGCAUGCUAAUGUGAUAAAACUUUUGCUGAGUUGCAUUGGAGAGCACUUCAGAAUCCUAGUUUACGAGUACAUGGAGAAUGGGAGUUUGGGAGACAUAUUGCACGGAGAGAAGGAUGAGGUGGUAUUAGAUUGGCCUAAGAGGUUUUCAAUUGCUGUUGGGGCUGCUCAAGGGCUAGCCUACUUGCAUCAUGACUGUGUGCCACCAAUCAUUCACCGGGAUGUUAAGUCAAACAAUAUUUUAGUGGAUGAAGAUUUUAGGCCACGGGUGGCUGAUUUUGGUCUGGCAAAGACUCUGCAGCAAGACCAAAAUGAAAGCUUCAAUGGAGCAAUGUCAGGUGUUGCCGGAUCCUAUGGCUACAUUGCACCUGAAUAUGCCUAUACCCUCAAAGUGAAUGAGAAGAGUGAUGUUUUUAGUUUUGGUGUGGUCCUCCUGGAGCUCAUAACUGGUAGGAGGCCCAACGACCACUCAUUUGGAGAGAGCAAGGACAUCAUCAAGUGGGUAACAGAGGUUGCAAUAUCACCUCCAGAAGACAGAACUGGGGUAGCUGACAAUCUUUUCAUAGAUUGGGGACAGCUUUUAAGUUCAAGGUUGAAACCAUCAAGAAGUGAAUAUAGAGAGAUUGAGAAAGUUUUGAAUGUUGCACUUCUUUGCACUUCAGCCCUUCCCAUGAACAGACCCUCCAUGAGAAGAGUUGUUGAAUUGCUAAAGGCUAUAAAAGUUAGCUCGUCUAGAAGUGAUUAGUGUUCUCAGAUCAUACCACUUGCUAGGUCUUUGCCUCUUUUUGGGUGGCAUCCAAUUUUCUUGCGAUAGAAUUAUGCUAAUUUGGCUACUAGAAGCUCAGGGGAAGCUGUUUUUGUGGUUUUUGACGGACGGAAGAUUGAAUAGCUUAAAGCUCUUUGUGUCUUGUUCACAUUACAUUUAAGGAAUGUAUAACACCCCAGUAGUCCAGUUAUGACAACUACACACUUGUUCUUUUAAGGGUUCUUAUAUGUAUACACAUGAUGUAAUUUCUUAUGCAUAUCAUGGAUAUUUAGUUGCACAUAGAAUGUAUGUAUAGUGGUGUAGAAUCAUUUGACUGGCACGAGUGACAAAAAUCUCACAUUCUAAUUGUAGCGCAGAAGAUCUAAAAUGCACCCCGAUUUGGAUGCAUCCAUGACAUCAUGUAGUUUAAUUUUUCAAUGAUAAUGCCAUUUUCUCUAAUGAUUGAACCA